ACAGGAAGUUGCGUAAAUCGUUGCUAUCGGGAAGACAACACUCUUCGGAAUACGGGCAUUAAAAUGUCGGGUUUUACAUUAAUUUUGACCUUCUGGCUUUCUGCGGUGAUUGCUUUGUCGUUUGCUGCAGAUCCUGCAGAUGUGAUCUUUACUUUCAAUGACAAAAACGCAACCUUGACAUGCAAUGCCACAGAUAACAACUCAUAUUAUGUUGGUUGGUACCACCUAGGUCAAUCAGUAACUGGCACUAGAUACACCGUUACCAACUUGACACACGUCACUGUAUUGGUGAUAACUUCUCCAACUCGAGAAGAUUCCGGAGAGUAUGUGGCCACUUUCUUGAAAACUGGAGGCACUCAAGAGAAUUGUACCAUCAAGUAUACAGCUACCCCUCUUGUUCUUGAUCUGGCCAAGUCUAAAAAUCUUGAGAAGGACCAGGACCUUGACCUUCACUGUGAUGUCAAGGGUUACCCUGGGUCAGUGGUGUCCUGGUCAAGAGAUGGGAUAGACCUGACAAAUACCACCAGCCGUGUGACACUAAAGAAUGAUGGCAUAGUUGAGAAUGCCUAUUUGCAUAUCAAAUCUCUGGAGUACUCAGAUGAAGGCACAUACAAGUGCACAGCAUACAGUAAACAUUUCAACUUUUCACAUUCCAAGUCUUUGGUUAUCAGAGUCAAAAAUCCCAUAGCUUGGGUGUGGCCAUUAGUAGGCAUCCUCGUUGAGAUCAUUGUAUUGGCCGUCAUCAUUUUCGCUUGCUCCAAGUUUGACAAAAGAAGGCUGAUCCAGACAGAGCAAAAUGACUUGUAUCGCAAUGAAGGACAUGGAACAAGGAACCAUGGAGCUGAGAAAACUGACUAGUUUACAUGCAAAGCAUCUUGGAAGAUUAUUUAAAAUUUUUUAAACUUUGGGUUUUUAUAAAGACUAAUAUCGAUAAAAUUCUCUCUUAAACAGUGUAUGCAUAGAUUGUUGAUAUCCAGACUUUUAACAUUUGUAGAAUUUCUGCUUUCUUAAAAAAAAAGGACUUUGCUUUUAAAUGUGAUGGUCAAGGCCAUUCAUAAUGGAGAAUCAUUAAAAAUGGGCUUUUUUGUAUUCAAAUAGGCAAACGUUAUAAUAGAAGGUCCAUUGUCAUUACAUUUAAAAAACAGACGAUGUCACAAACUUAAAUGUCUCAUUAAUGAAAAAAAUAUUUUGUAUACCUUUAAAACUAAGUAGUAUACUAGUAUUUUGUUGUAUAAUGGAAUUUUUGUAUCGACAGUGAUUCUAGUCAUUUUAACAGCAUAAUAUUUCUUUUUUUCAAUUGAAUCUAUUGUAAUUUUUAUUGUAUGAAAUUUAUGUAAUUGAAAAACACCAAAAUUUUUCAUGUUUAACAAACCAACUUUUUAAGAAUUUUUUAUACCUAUGUGUUUAUUGUUCAUCUGUUAGUUUAGUUUGGGCUAGUUGUUUUUUUUUUCCAUUGUCAAGUGUAGACCAAAUGCUGAGUGUUGAAAUGCUUUAUAGUUUUGAGGAAAGCGGAGAAAUCACAAGCUAAAAUUUAAGUCAAUGCUGGGCAAUUUUUUAAUUUAAUUUGGUACAUGACUGUACACUAAGUAUUUAACAGUAGUUGUGGAAUGUUAAGUGUUUCCACAAUAACUUCCACAUUCAAGUCUACUCCAUGGAGCGCUAGAUCUCAUAGGAACAUGCAAGAUUGUCACAAUGGUCAAGAGAUUGAACCAUGCCCACUUCUAUCCCUGGUCAUCCUGCAAGAGGUUUUGCCCAUGAUGUGAUAAUCUUCAGUUGAGGAGAAAUGUUCAAAACUUAUCAAACUAAAACAAAAAAAUUAUUAAUUGUCUAGUGUCUGCUUCAUACUGGUAAUAUGUUUCAAGAAAGUCUUAUUUUGACCUUCCAAAACCUUGCUUUGGUCACUGUACAUAGUGUGUUCUCUAUCCCUUGAUACAACCUUCUCUCUUAGAUUGACUUUUUAGACAUUCAUCAAACAGCUGAAUUAUGGUCAAUUUACCCAAUGCCAAUGGUCAAGGCUAUCAAAAGCAAAAGUAUAUAUGAUAGGAUUUUUUAUAGUAAUUUUUUACUUCGUUAUUGUUGCUAAGAAUUUAAUGUAUACAAUUUUGGGUCACAUGCUAUGGAUACAUGUUAAUUUUUUGUUCGGAUAAUAAUUUAUUUAAAAACAGUUACUUGGGACAUGUGCAAUUUAAUAGAUCUCCAUUUUAGUGCAAUUUAUAGAUCUCCAUUCUCAUUUAUUGUAUGAAUAAUUAUAUAUUUUGUUUGGUUUUUACUGAUGUAUUUAUAUAUUUGGCUUUAUCUUUUAUUUGUUCUUUCAGUCAUGAAAGAUGGUAAAUUUCCAAUGCUUGCACAUGUAGACACUAAUACUUUUUUUUCUAGCAAACAUUUUCUUAAGAGUAUUAUAAUCACCUACAGUCAGAUAAUAUUCACACAAAAAUAAAUUUCUUAGUUGAUAAAUGAAAUGCGCAAAAUAAUUUUGAUGCUGUUUUUUUUUUUGAAAAAGAAUAAACCAUCUGUAGAGCAUACUUCGUCUUCACUCAUUGUACAAUGCAAUAGAAAGAAACCAAAUGGAAAUUUUGUCAUUCAGAGAUAACAUUUUCUCACAAUUUUAUCUGGCUGUGAAUCAGAUAACUGCUUCAGUAUUAAAAAUCCUAUAAAGUGCAAUGCCCGCCCAUCCCCAGCCAACACACAUUCACAUUUUGUUUUGCAUGUAUUUUGUUUGUUGUAUUUGCAUAUCACGUGCAUGCUUUUUGAUCUUGUGUUCCAUUGUUUAGGAAUUGCUGACAGUAUUUUUAUUUAUUUUUGUUUUAAAUACUCACUUUGCAUCUAUAGAUGCAGAAUAAUAAUUUCAUUUUAUUUUGAACAUUGGACUUCUUGAAUUGAUGAUAUGACUUAAUGAUGACUGUGCAAUGUGUUGUUACUUUGGAAUCUUCCUGGCCUGAGAAAUUUAAGUCCCACAAAAUUAAGACUGCUUAAUGAAUUCUUAAACAAAUGUCACUAUUUUAGAUGGUUUCCUGACCUUUUUUUUUUUACAAUAAUAGGUAAUUUAAGUUUACAAGUUAUAUUAGAAAAAACAAAUUGUUUAAUUAUUAUUGUUUACUCUUUACAUGUAUUAAAAUGGAUGGCUGUCUGGUUGUGUGGUUUGCGUGCUGGACUGUCAUUUGGAUUUAUCAAAUGGGUCCAGGGUUCAAACCCUGCCCGCUCCCAUCUUCUGUCGUCCUGCGGGAGGUUUGGACUAGGAAGUAAAUUACUUUCAACUAUGAAGGAACAUCCAAAACAUGGAAACCAUUUUACAAACGAAUAAGAAAAUUUUAAGAGAAGAUAAAGUCCAUUCCUAAUAGAAUUCUGUUUACAUUAUUAGAACAUGUCCCAUUCCCAUGUAAAUAUUUUUUUUUCUGAUCUUUACAUUAAAAUGUAACAAUGAAUACUUUUUUUUUUUUUUUGGUAGGAAUAAUUUUUGUUUUCCACCAAACUAAACACGUGUGUGUGUGACCUAGCGUGAUCAUGUCUUCUAACUAUUCUAACCUGUUUCCAUAACUGGGUAUUAUGUUUAUCAUUUUAUUUUCAUUUGUGAGUCAAAAGCACUGACUUACUAGCUUAGAUCUCUGGUACUGAUCACUUUAUAUGGAAUGUUUUAUUUUCCCCUUACUUUUACUAUCAAAUAUUAUUUAUUUAUUUAUAAGAAGCGUGUGAAAAGCCUUAUUUAUUUAUAAUCAGAUUUGUUUUUAUUUACAUGCUUGUCAAUUGUUAUUAUUUCCAGCAUGAAUUGAAAUGUAUUGGCUUCUUUGAAAAUGUAAUUUUGUCUGAUUUAAAAAAAUAUGAAACGUUUAUUAUAAUGAAACAAAUUGGAUUGACAGACAUCUUAAAUAUGGCCAAAAGGAGCACGUAAAUGGAAUAGCUUGUCCAAGAUCUGACCCAUUUUUACUAGUAGAAAUAAUAACAGAAUCCUAUGAUGUUUUGAAAAAAGAAAAAAAAGAAUGUUUUUUACAUCUGACUGGUUUAAUCAGAUACUGACAUGAUGACAUAGUAAAAAUCUAACCCUAACCCAGCUAACAAGUACUUAUAAGCUAAAGUUCAAUUUAAAAAUCUUUUUUUAGGUCAAGUUUUUUUGGGGUUCUGUUUGAGACUUUAUUUGAAUAUUUUUUUAUUGCUUACUACUAUUCCAUUUUCUUCACCUUUGAUAUUUUUGCCAUUUGAUGUUGGAUAAUAAGUAGUGUCCUAGUUAAACUUCAUGUCAGUAUUAGAAUAGUUGAAAUUGUGAUUGUAUUUUUUUGAAACUUUUUUAGUAUUUUUGUUCACACUAGCAUAGUUACAGAAAAGGCUGUCAUAUGUGUUACUUCACAUGCCUAGAUGACUAUAAUUAUUAUAAUGAUAUAUAGUUGUAAUCAGUCAAACCCAUUCCUAGUUUUCAUAACAAAACAUUUUAUAGCACAAAAAAAAAAGCUAACUAGGCAUAAAAGAGGAUAGAGAUUAAAUGAAUUCAAUUAAUGUAUAUUGGAGAAACUGGAAUGAAGAAAAAUUAACAAUUAGAGUUUAUUACAUCAUGGUGUUAAUUAUUGAAACAAUACAAAAAUUGUUUUAAUACUUUUUCCAAAGACACUGUCAAAACGUUUUACAAUGUCAGUCAGUGUGUGGCAUAUACCACUUGGCUACCUAACUUGAAGGUUUGAGUUUGAUUCCCGACUUGAGCUGAGCUGUGUUUGCAGAGCGCUCAAAGGCAGCACAGAAACGUUCUCCCAGAUACCCCCUUCCCCCCAAGGGUCCACAAAAGAUAUUGGACCAUAGCGCACUGAGCAUGCUAUAAGCAUGAAAUAUGCGCUAUCGAAAAGUAAAAAAAAAAACUUAAAUUAUUUUGUGUGAUAAUACCUCCUACAUUUUCAGGAUAUAAAAUGGGUAAUAUCUAUAAUUUAUUGCUAUUUAAUAAAUAAAAUCAGAGCUUUUUUUUUACCAUUACUAUUUAUUUCUACACUUUAUUUUCUGUACUCUUAAGAAAUAUGGCAAAUGUAUUCACAGCACUUUGUUGUACACAUUGUAUUUUGCAAUGCUCUGAAAAUGUAUUUGUUUUAAAUUUACCAUUAAAUAGUUGUCAUGAAUGCUGGUUAUAUGUAGCGUAAUUAAAUUAUUUUUUUUUUAAUUUACAUUAUGUAAGUAUUAUGAAUACUGGGUAGUUCUAGUGUAAUAAAAGUUUUUUUUUUUUUAAUUUAACAAUGAUUAAAAACCAUGAAUACAGGAUAUUUUUUAUAGUGUGAUGAACAGGGAUUUUACUUUAUUUUAAAACCAGAGUGCAAUUAGCGGCUUAUAGGUCUGGUGUGAUAUAAACUUUCAUCAUUAAUUUUUAAUUCAUUGGCUUUAACUUCUGUCUCCCAUGAGACAGUAUUUUUCAGUAUAUGUGAUUAUUCAUCCAAAGAAAAUGAUUUGGCCAGGGGGGUCUCUAUCUUGUUUUCAAGCAAGAGUUGUUUUUUAUGAGCUUAGCCUCAAUGAAAUAACUUUCUGAUUCUCACUUCUGUAGCUCCAGGAAAGUAAAGAGAACUAUCUGGUUGGUUUGCGCUCUGGACUGUCUUCAUGGUGGUUCCAGAUGGCUGCCUGGUCGUGCAGUUUGCGCGCUGGACUGUCGUUCAGAUUUAUCGAUGGUCCCGGGUUCAAACCCUGCCCGCUCCCAUCCCCCGUCGUCCUGCGGGAGGUUUGGACUAGGAAGUAAUUAUCUUCAACUCUGAAAGAACACCCGAAACAUGUAAAACAUUUUACAAACAUUUUUACAGAUUCAAACUUGGCCCAUAGGCAUCUCCUGCUCCCCUGAAGGAGAUUUAGGCUAGAUAGUAAUCAUCUCCUGCUCCCCUGAAGAAGAUUUAGGCUAGAUAGUAAUCAUCUCCUGCUCCCCUGAAGGAGAUUUAGGCUAGAUAGUAAUCAUCUCAACAAGUAAUGGUACUUGAACUCUUUCUGAAAGACGUUAAACUGACUUGAUUUGGGCUGGGAAGCGUGGUCAAGAGGCUAAGUACGCUUGAACUUGGCUUGUCUUGGCUACCUAUGGAGGGUGCUCGAGGUUCGACACCCGAGUCGGGCAGAGUUGUGUUUACCGAGUGCCUGAAGGCAGCACGGAAAAACCUUCUCCUAGAUACCCCUCCCCCCACUGGUCCACAACUGAGAUUGGACCAAAGCGCUAUAUAAAAAAGCCAUAAUUUAAUUUGAUGUUUUGAGAAUUUAUUCAUCAAAGAUGGUGUGUAUCACAAUUAACUGCCCUGUAAGCCGCCAACCAGUGGGAGGUAUGGGCUAGAAUGUAAUUAUCUUCAGUAGAAACAUCUCAAAAAUGUAAAACAAACCCUAUUGAUAUUUUGCAUCUUUACACAAACUGCUGCACCUCUGCCCUAGGGGUGUAGACAUCCUUGGCUGAGAACCCCUGGUUUAAGUGUGUAUAUCUAGUCUUAUGAGACAUAUUUUUUUAUACCUUUCAUUGCUGUUCACCUUAUUUAUAAUAAUCUUUGAGUUAAUUUUGACUACAGCUGUGUCUAGUCCUACCACUUCAUAAAAUAAAUUAAAAAAAUAUAGCCCAGA